AUGCCGAAAAGUAAAUUUGCGAGUACAAUGAAAAAUCGAAUUAAAUGUGAAAAUGAUAUCAGGCAGAAAUAUCCUGUUAAUCAAUUAUGGGAAUGGCAAUUAAAACAGAUAUGUCGUCCAUUAUUUGUUCUUCAUGAUGGACCACCAUUUGCUAAUGGACCUCUUCAUAUCGGACAUUUUCUAAAUAAAAUUCAAAAGGAUAUUAUUGUUCGUUAUAAAUUGUUAAAUGGAAAUCGAAUAGAUUUUCGUCCUGGUUGGGAUUGUCAUGGUUUACCAAUUGAAUUAAAAGCAUUACAAGAAAAUAAAAGCAAUUCAAAUGAUAAAGAUCCAAUUGUUGUUCGUAAACUUGCUCGUCAAUUUGCUACAGAAGCAUUAGAAAAACAAAAAACGGAAUUUCAAUCUUGGGGUAUAUUAGCUGAUUGGAAUAAUUAUUAUAGAACAUUUGAUAAAGAUUAUAUUAUUGAUCAAAUUAGAUUAUUUUGGAGAUUAUAUCAGAAAGGUUUACUCUAUCGACAAUAUAAACCAGUCAAUUGGUCACCAACUGUUCAAUCUGCUUUGGCUGAAUCUGAAUUAGAAUAUAAUGAUAAACAUAAAAGUACUGCUAUUUAUGUACGAUUUCGUUUACAAAACAAUGAUUUGAUAUCAAAACUUUUGUCUCAAACUAAUCUAGGAAAUAUUUAUGCUUUAAUUUGGACAACAACACCUUGGUCUUUAGUUGGUAAUCAAGCUGUAGCUGUUAAUGAAAAAUUAAAAUAUCUAUUUCUAAAACUUUCCUCGACAAACGAUAUAUAUAUUGUUGCUGAAGCAUUAUUAAAUAAUAUAAAAAAAUUUUCACCAUUUUCUAAUAAUCAAUUUGAAAUCAUAGGAAAUUGUCUUGGAUCUCAAUUAUCCGGUCUUACCUAUAAACAUCCAAUUUAUAAUGAUCAAAUAAAUUAUCCUAUUAUUACUAGUGAUCAUGUUACUGAUGAAAUCGGUACUGGUCUUGUUCAUAUUGCACCAGCACAUGGUUCUGAUGAUUUUCUUCUAUCAAUAAAACAUAAUCUUCAAUGUAUUAAUGCUGUUAAUUUAACUGGUCAUUUAAAUUGUCCAUCAAUUGAAUCUCUUCAUGGUCGUAAUGCAUUAGAUAAAAAUGAUGGUAUUGAAGGAAUUCUUAAAUAUUUAAAUUCUGAUAUUUUACAUCAUUAUGAAUUAAUACAUUCAUAUCCAUAUGAUUGGCGAGCAAAAAAACCUGUUUUAAUCUUAGGUAGUCAACAAUGGUUUAUUGAUACAACACGUUUACGUGAUAAUGCACGUAAAUAUAUAUUAGAAGAUGUAAAAAUAUUUCCUGAAGGUGCUGGAAAAAGUUUUUUAUCAAUGACUUCACAACGUCCAUAUUGGUGUAUAUCACGACAACGUUAUUGGGGUGUACCAAUACCAGUUUUUUAUACAAAAAAUGAUAGAAAAGAACUUGUGAUUAAUGAAGAUAUUAUUGAACAUUUAAUAAAAUGUGUUCAAGAAAAAAAUUCAAUUGAUUUUUGGUGGUCAUCAAAUGAUAUUAAAGAAUUAUUACCUAUAUCAAUGCAUAAUCAAGCUGACAAUCUUGAACGUGGAAAAGAUAUAUUUGAUGUUUGGUUUGAUAGUGGUUCAUCAUUUAAUACAAUUCUUAAAGAUUUUAAUUAUCAAGCUGAUAUAUAUUGUGAAGGACAUGAUCAAUUUAAUGGUUGGUUUCUAUCAUCAUUAUUAUUAUCAACUGGAAUACAAAUGCGAGCACCAUUUUCAAAUAUAUUUGUUCAUGAAAAAUUUCAUGAAAAUGGUCUUGAUGUUUGUCGAGAAUGGGUUACAAGAGAAAGUUAUAAACCUCAAUGUAAAGCAAGUGGAGAAGAUUUAACUAAAUCAUAUCAACGAGUUUUUGAUAUAAGAAAUAUAUUAAGAUUUUUACUUGGAAAUUUAUAUGAUUUUAAACCUGAUAAACAUACAAUAUCAAAUGAAAAUUUAACUGCUAUUGAUCGUUAUAUAGCAUAUCGUUUAUAUCAAACUCUUACGACAUAUCAUAAUGAUUUUGAUCAAUAUAGAAUGUAUCAUGGUUUAAUUGCUAUUGAAGAUUUUAUUCAAGGUGAUAUAUCAAGUUUUUAUUGUUCAGUAACAAAAGAUCGACUUUAUUGUAAUCCAUCGAAUUCUUAUCUUCGUCGAUCAACACAAACAGUUUUUUAUUUAUUAUUAAAAUAUCUUAAUGAACGAUUAGCACCAGUAAUGCCAUAUCUUGCACAAGAAUUAUAUAAUGAAUUAUAUUUAAUAGAAAAUAAAGAAAAAAAAAUAAAUGAUAUAUUUGAAAAUAAAUUUACAUUUUUGGAUAAACAAUUAACUGAAAUUUCUUCAGAACUUACAUCGACAAUGUCAAUUAUAUUACAUUUACGUAAUACAUAUCAUGGAAUUCUUCAAAAUCGACGAGCUAUUCUAUAUGAUAUUGUACUUUAUUUAAGUGAUAAAGCAAAACUACAGCUUAAACAAGUUCAAGAUGUACUUGAAAAACAUCCAUCAACAAUUAAAUUAGAUUUUUGGCAUCCAUUAGAAGAACUUUUACAAUGUUCACAUGUACAUCAACGAUCAUUAUCUGAUUUAGAAAAUGAUCUAAUAGAAGAAAAUAUUUCAAGCGUUGAUUUACCAUUAUUAGAUGAUAAAUUUAAUUAUAUAAUGAAAAUUCAAUACAAUUCCUUACAUCUUUGUCCUCGUUGUCGUUUACAAAUAUCAGAAAAUGAAAAUGAACUAUGUGUUCGAUGUUUUUCUUAUACACAAAAAUCAUAG